UCUCUCUCUUGAUAGUCCAUACACACAUGACACAUAAAGCACAUUAGAACGUCCACAAACAACCAUCCCAAACAUUCCUUUUUCUUGCUUUUAAACCCACUAGUGAGCAAAAAGCUGCUGUUUUUUCUUUUCAAGAAAAUUAUAAUUAUACAAUACCCACCUCUUCUCUUCCCUUCUUCUACUUGUUCAUCAUCUCCUUCUUCUCCAUCCAUCCAUCCAUGGACACUGCUCAAUGGCCACAGGAGAUAGUGGUGAAACCAAUGGAAGAAAUAGUGGGAACAAUAAGUAGUGGCUCAAACAACUCAUCAAGUAAACCAUCUUCUUCUUCUUCUUCUAGUGUGGAGAGAAAAAUUAGGCCCCAGAAAGAGCAGGCUGUGAAUUGUCCCAGGUGCAACUCUACUAAUACUAAGUUCUGCUACUACAACAAUUAUAGCCUUUCACAGCCCAGGUAUUUCUGCAAGACUUGCCGGAGAUACUGGACGGAAGGGGGAUCUCUGAGGAAUAUUCCGGUGGGGGGUGGUUCCCGGAAGAACAAAAGAUCUUCUUCUUCUUCUGUUUCUUCUGCUUCUGCUAAUGGUGGUUUAGCAGUGAAGAAGCUGCCUGAUCUGGUGCCACCUGUCCCAAUUCCCCAUCAUCAUCUCCAUCAUCAACAACAACAAAACCCUAGCAAGAUCCAUGAUGAUGAUCAUCAAGAUCUAAACUUGGGGUUUUCCCACCACCAUCAAGAUUUCAAGACUAUUACUGAGCUGAUCCAGGUGCCAAACUACGAGAGCAAUAACAGCAAAGAUGGGGGAAAUCCUCACCAUCCAUCUUCUUCAUCAUCAUCAUCUACGGCCACUCAUCAACUCUCAGCUCUGGAGCUCUUGACGGGAAUGACCUCAUCAAGAGGACUCAUGAGUUCUUUCAUUCCCAUGCCCAUUCCUGACCCUAAUUACUCAUCUUUCCCUCUCCCGGAAUUCAAGCCAUCCCUAAACUUCUCCCUCGAUGGGAUUGGGAAUGGCGGUGGAGGCGGCGCCACCGCCGCCUAUGGGAAUCACCACCACCACCAUCUUCCAGGUAUGCAAGAGACAACCACUAGUGGCGGCGGUGGCGGUGGUGGAAGGCUUUUCUUUCCUUUUGAAGAUUUAAAAAGCACUACAACCGCACCAGAUGGAGGCGAGCAAGACAGAGACAACCCAGCAGCCGGGGAAUCAACUGGCCAUGGAUUUUGGAAUGGAGUCUUGGGAGCUGGAGGGGGUUCAUGGUAAUUGAUUAAGAAAAUAUAUUUAAUUUUAUCUCAGAUUUUCUUUCUUUUUUUGGGAAGGGGAAUUUUUUUUGUUUUUUUUUUUCACUGUUUUUAUCUUAGUGUUUAUUUAAUGGUGGGUGACUUGUUUGGAUUUCUUGGGAAAAAAAAAAAAAAAAAAACUAACAUAUAGGAAACAAUCAAGGGGUUUUCUCUCUAUCUAGCUCCUUCCUUAUUCAUUCCUGAUGAUCACUAUAUUACACAUUUUGGCUGUGCUGGGGUGUUAGAAAAUUAUUGUUUUUAGGCAAUAUUCAAGAGUGAUGGAAGAAGAAGAAGAAGAAAAAAAGCCCAGAAUUUUUAAGUGGGCCACUGAUCUGAGUUAAAGAAAGAAUAUUAUUGAAAGCCAAUUAUACAUGUUAUUACAGAGAGGGGGAUAUAUAUAUAUAUUUCAUGACUGCUUAGCUUGUAUAUAUAUAUAUAUGAUCCCUCUCUGCAUUUUACUAUGUGAUUCUUCAUUCUAUCACACAAAAAAUUGAAGGCAAAAAGAUCCUUAAUAUUAUCUACUCCUCUAUAUGUGGUUGGUUGGUUGGGUUGGGUUGAUACUUCAAUUCAAUAAUGUAUAAUCUGUAAGCUAGCUUAGCUAGAUCCAUGUUUGUACUUGUACUGAGUUGUAUUAAUUGACUGUAUUUUAGUUCUUUUCUUUUAGGUUUGCAAAUAUGGUUUUAUAUAAUUCACUGCAAUAUAUUUCCCACUA